AUGGCGACAUCGACUGCAACAUAUGCAUCAUUCCAAGACAGGAUUCAAGGCUUCAUUAAUGGAUUAGGCGACAAAUAUGAGCCCUAUGUACGUACCCAUUUGGCUAAAGUAUAUAUGGUUUUAGGAGCCGCAACGGCCAGCACAGCCGUGGGAGCUGCGCUUCACUUGUGGGGCGUUAUAAACCUCGGGCUAUUGGCAGCACUGGCUUCCUUGGGGCUUGUGUUGGGUCUACAUUUUUAUAGAGACGAUGGAAAAAAUUACUAUACUCGUCUAAGCAUGUUAAUGGCGUUCGGCUUUUGUUCCGGCCAGACUCUGGGUCCGCUAAUGCAAUAUAUCAUUAGCAUCAAUCCGUCGAUAAUAUUAACUGCGCUCACAGGCACCGUGGUGACCUUUAUCUCACUCUCAUUGGGUGCAUUAUUGGCAGAACGUGGAAAAUAUCUUUAUUUGGGCGGAUUGUUAAUUAGUGUCAUUAAUACCAUGGCCUUAUUAAGUCUUUUCAAUAUGUUUUUCCAGUCGUACUUUGUUCAGCAGACUCAACUGUAUGUAGGUGUAUUUGUAAUGGCUGCUUUUGUGGUCUUUGAUACACAAAACAUAGUGGAGAAAUGUCGUGCAGGCAAUCGUGAUGUGGUACAACAUGCUUUGGAUUUGUUCUUUGAUGUUUUGAGCAUGUUUAGACGUUUGCUAAUUAUUUUAACACAAAAGGAGGAACGUAAACGUGAAGAACGUCGUAAAAGAAAUUGAAUCACCUACCGAGCUUCGCGGAAUUACAAAACCUGUUAUUAUUUUUUGUUAUAAAACUUUUCGAUAAUAUACCUUCAUAACAUUUAGGAUCUAACUAAUAAUCUGAAUGGUCUAUUUAGCUAUUUUUUUUGUUUAUACUUUCACUUGCUCAUUAUUUCUGUGAACUUUUUAGGACUUUAAGUUGUAAUCAAGAAACUAUAAAUAAUUUAUAGCAGGAAAUGGGAUAAGUAUUUAAGUUUAGUUCGAAGAAUAACAAUUUCGCGUGGUCAUAUUUUUAAUUUGAAAUAUAUUUCAAUAUUCCGAGAAAUAUAAAAUAA